AUGCAACUCAAUGUGAAAAGAAUUCAUGAGUAUAAGCGUCAGCUUCUCAAUUGCUUCCAUGUAAUCACACUAUACAACCGGAUUAAGGCGAACCCUAGCUACCAGGUUUGUCCACGAACUGUAAUGAUCGGUGGCAAGGCCGCACCUGGUUACCACAUGGCCAAACUUAUUAUCAAACUUAUUAACAACGUUGGCAGGGUUAUCAACAACGAUCCCGUUGUCCAGGGCCGAAUUAAGCUUAUCUUUCUCGAAAAUUAUCGUGUCUCAUUAGCAGAGAAAAUCUUUCCAGCCUCUGAUCUUUCAGAGCAGAUCUCCACUGCUGGCACAGAGGCAUCUGGUACCGGAAACAUGAAAUUCAUGCCCUCUGAAAUAGUUGGUCAACAAUAA